AUGAGAAUAAGGAGACUUAUUCUAAUGGUACUAGUACCUUUAUUAAUAGCAAUAUACAUCAACAACGGCAACAAUAAUAGAAUCAUAUCGCUACUGUUUAAUAACAAUCAACAACAACAACUACAACAACAACUUUUAAAUAAUAUAAAUAAUAAUAAUAAUCUUGUAAUUAACAACUAUGAACUUUUAACUAAUAAUAAUAAUAAUAACGAUAAUAUAUUUUUAACACCACCAUAUACUAAUAAUAAUAAUAUUACAAAUAUAUAUAAUAAUAAUAAUGAUUAUUCUUGUACAAAACAACAACCUUCUUCUUCUUCAUCUUCAUCUUUAACAAUUCAAAAAGAUUUUAUUGUAAUGUUUAAUAAAUAUUAUAAACAAGAUGAACAUUACAAUUUAAUAGAAUCAAUAUUAAAGAAGAGUCACACAACAACAACAACAACAACAACAACAACAAACAAAAAAGAUAGUAAUAAUAAUCAAAAUUAUAAAUGGAAGAUUGUAAAGAGAAAUAAUCCUGCAUCUCAUUUACCAUCUGAUUUUGCAUUGGUAUCAGUUACUAUUCAACGACAACAAAGAUACAUAGAAAAGGAUAUAUGUUCAAUUGAAAAAGGAAUAUAUAAUCAAGAAUGUGAUGCAUUGUUUAAAGGUGCAAUUGGUGAUCUUGUAAGACACGGUGGUGAUUUGGUAAAGAAUGUGUAUCCCGAUCGAAAGAUAUUUGGAAUGGAAGCAUUGGCUGAAAAGGUUAAUUUUAACGAUGACGACUCACAUUUACACUUUGAACCACCAACAUCAAUAGUGUCAAGAGUACCAUUUGGACGUAUUCAUGAUGACAUUCCAGAGGUUCAAAAGGAAGAGGAUAGAGAUGCAAAGAUGUCAUCCAAUUCAAAACGUCAAUUGUUUGCACCGGAUACAACGCGAGCAUCGAGUGUCACCAUGUUGGAUGUCGAGUCAAUGUGGAUGAAUGGGUAUACUGGCAACAAGACGGUGGUUGCUAUCUUUGACACUGGACUCACUCGAAAGUCAGACUACCCAUUCAACAAGGUCGUCAUGGAGACUGAUUGGACCGGCAAAAAGAGCACCAACGAUUAUUUGGGACACGGUACCUUUGUAGCAGGUAUCAUUGCAAGCAAUCUAGAAGGGUGUCCUGGUAUGGCACAAGACUCUGAACUCUACAUUUACAAGGUGUUUAGUGAUGAAAAAGAGUCGUUUACAUCUUGGUUUUUGGAUGCAUUCAAUCAUGCCAUCCAAACCAAGGUCGAUGUCCUCAACCUCUCCAUUGGCGGCAAGGAUUAUAUGGACAGACCAUUUGUUGAAAAAAUAAGAGAAGUCACUGCUAAUCGUAUCACUGUAGUCUCUGCAAUGGGAAAUGAUGGUCCUCUUUAUGGAACAUUGAGUAAUCCAGCAGAUCAAUCUGAUGUGAUUGGAGUUGGAUCAAUUAAUUUUAAUGGAGCAAUUAGUGAUUUUUCAUCAAGAGGAAUGACAACGUGGGAGUUGCCAGAGGGUGACUUAUGGAAACUCAAUCUAUGGAUUAAAGGUCGUGGUGCACUCAACGUGUUGGGUGCCUAUAAACGACUCAAACAAAACAUACAGGAUCUCAAAGAGAGUAAUCGGACGGGCAAACUACUACUACACCCCAACCGCAUAAACUAUGAAGAGUGUCCGUACUUUUGGCCAUACUGCACACAACCACUCUACUAUUCGGCCAUCCCAACUAUAUUCAACGUGACGGUUCUCAAUGGCAUGGAUGUAUAUGGAAAGAUACAGUCUGUGACGUGGGAACCUGCUGUCAACGGACACUUGCUCGACAUGGGAUUCUCGUACGAGGAGGAGGUCUAUCCAUUUAGCGGACACGUUGGUAUACAUGUCUCGGUCAAAAAGGAUGCCGAAUUUUUUGGUGGUAUGGUGUCUGGUGACAUUAAAAUCACCGUCCUCGAUGCAAUAGGCGGCAGUGGACAGACAGUUGCACUACCCGUCAACAUACGUGUGAUUCCCACACCGCCGCGCCAGAAGCGUAUCCUUUGGGACCAGUUCCACAGCCUCAAGUAUCCACUUGGAUACUUUCCAGUCGACGAGAUUGAUAUGAUGCCCAAGGUCAAGACGUUUGAUUGGGAUGGUGACCACCCGCACACCAACUUUAAGCAACUCUACGAGGUGCUGCGCAAGAAUGGGUACUUUGUCGAAGUGCUCGGGUCGCCGCUCACCUGUUUUGACCCCCUGCUCUACGGAUCGCUGCUCAUUAUCGACUCUGAGGAAGAGUUUCAUCCGACAGAGAUCAAAAAGAUCGAAGAGGAUGUACGCGCAAACGGACUCAAUCUGAUCGUGAUUGGCGAUUGGUACAACGUCGACGUGUUGCAAAAGAUUCAGUUCCACGACAAAAAGAGUAAUCGUCAUUGGGUACCUGUCACGGGCGGUGCCAAUAUACCGGCCGUCAACGAUCUCUUGUCUAGUUUUGGUAUUAUUAUGGGUGACUCUGUCUAUGAUGGUGACUUUUCACUCGGUAGUCGGUCCUCAUACUACUCGUCGGGUUCCUCUAUUGUCGGGUUCCCCCAAGGAGGUAUUGUCGUCCAAGCAACCCUCACCGACCAAACACGUCAAAUCCUCAAUGGUCGUACCUCUCAACCAACCGUUCCCAUCCUUGGUUUCUAUCAAACUAAAGAAUUUAAUAUUAGUUUUGAUGAUAUAAGUAGUGGUAGUAAUAAUAAUAAUAAUGGAAUGUAUUCAGCAGAUAAAUCUAAAAACAACAAUCAAAUCAAAUAUAUCAAUAAUGAAAACUCUGAUUCAUUGGAUCCAACAACAACCUCUACUGCUAUUGAUAGUAAUGGUUCACCUUCAUCUUCUAUAUCGUCCUCUCAACAGUCUGCUGGAAAUAAUAUACUUAGUUCAGAUUCACCAACAUCUAUACAGUCUGGUCAAGUGGUGGUGUUUGGCGAUUCCAGUUGUUUUGAUGAAUCGACACAUUGUUUUGAAUCAAACGAUUGCAAUGGCACACCGAAAAAGAAUUGUUUUUGGAUGAUGGAGAAUAUAUUGGACGUGUUGCAAGGCAAGAAUGUAUUCGAGGUGUUCCCAGAGGCCAAGCAGCUGGCACUGCCGUUGACACCGCUCAAUGAACAAACCAACCGAUACGAAAUUCCACUACGCCCAUCCAACAAUGGAGACAUUGAAAAAUACUCUAGAGUCACAGCACACAACGCACUCCAAAGCAGUGCAUUCCAACAAUGCUACAACCAACUCUACUCACAAGAAAAAUACCGUUGGCACAACCUUUACAAAUACGAAAAUGUUUCUUGGAGCCAACGCUCUCAGAUUCUUCCACCACUUGCUCAACCUCCAAGCAACCCAUCUCUCUCUGUCAAUGAUAAUAAUAGUUUCUAUUCCUAUUACUUUAUCCCCUACAUCUUUGUAAUCAUAGCUCUUUUAUUAUUAUUCAUUCAUUUUACAAGAAAGAAACCAACCUCUUCUACUUCUUCCACUAAUUCUCCAAUCUCCACCGGUUCCAAUAGUAAUGGAAACAAUAGUAAUGGAAACAACAACAACAAUUCUUCAUCGAUUUCAAUAACUACUUCUCCAACAUUACAACGGUUACUAAAUACUAAUGGUGGAAAAUCAGAUGUUGAUGUUUAA